AUGUCAAAUAAGCACGGUAUAAGACUUCCGGGAUCAUUGUUGGAUGAACUGAAGGCUCACGAUUAUGAGAAUGACGAGAGGUUCAGACCGACUGGUAAGACCAAAGGCAAGAGGCGUGUUGGUCCCCAGCUGAGCAGGAAAGAAAGGAGAAAACGACAGCGACUGGAUAAGAAACAUUCCAAGACUGAUAGAAGGUUGGAGGCGGGAGGUAAAUUUGCAUCGAAAAUACUUUCAGCGAAGCGUAAAGUUGAAGCAGCUCCCGAGAACCGCAAUGAUCUUCCGUUUUCCUCAGACGAUGAACUCACCUCAGGCAAUUUUGAUGACUUUGAUGAUGAGGAUCUGGAUGGAGAACAGCUGCGAGAACAAGAAAACGAAAGCCAUGCCGAUAGCGAUGAAGUGGGGCUUGAUGAGAAGGCAGAGGGACGGGAUCAGGAUACACCUGAUGAAGAAGAGGAUGCGCAUGAAAUGUCAGUGGAAGAAACGAUGGCUGCACUAAAAGCUUUGAAAGAGAAGAAGGGAAAGCAGAAGGAGACAGGAAAAUUGACGAAGAGCGAAAGAAAGAAGAAGAAGGAGUAUGAGAAAGAGAUUGACUUUCCUUUGGCUCCUUCUGACCGGGCUGCCGCUGAAAAAGACGAAAUGGACAUGCAAUAUUAUGCCAAGAAGCUUGGGUUAAAAGGCAAGAAUAAGAGAAUUCGCGCAAAAGAUGAGUUCGACGCGGUCGGCGGACUGUUGGAAGGCUUGGACUUUUUCGAGAAGUACGGUGAUGAAGACGAGGAGUAUGGCGAUCUUGCCGAGGACGAGGGCAGCUCCGGUGACUCCCAAGGUGAAGAGUCAGAUGAACAGCCCAUGGCGGGUCUUCCAUCUUCAGACGACGAAAUUUCGUCAGGAGACUUUGAUGAGUUCGACGAGGAUGAUCUCGACGAGGAAGAAUGGCAGCAACUGCGGGAGCUUGAGGGUGAGAAUGCUAGCGAUGGAGAUGAAGGCGGCAAACCCACAGGAAAGACGAAAAAGAAGCCUAACCCAUUAGUUGCCCCCAUCGCUUCUGGCACUGAGACCUAUGUACCUCCAUCUCUAAGGAAGAAGCAGUUGGAAAACAACCAGGAGUCCUCUGUUCAAUCAGAAGUAAGAAAAAACGUCAAAUCUUCAUUGAAUAAGCUGUCUGACUCGAAUAUUACUAUUAUAGUCGGAUCGUUGAACGACUUGUUCGACAAAUAUGCCCGUCAGCUUGUUACAGAGGCGAUUGUUGAACAGGUAAUUGAUAUUGUAGCGCAAAGACAUAAGCUGCUUGACAGCUUAAUUAUGAAUUACUCAGCUGUCCUGUAUUCCCUAUGGAAGCUGAGAGGUAUUGAUAUUGGAGCUUCAUUCAUACAGUUGAGUGUUGAGUCCUUUCUAGGUUACUACGAGUCGCAGAACCGCACAUUGGAACACGAAAAAUCGGGCAACUUAGAAGAAGCACCGCUGCUGCUCUCCAAAGAACCCGUUAAUCUUUUAACUUUAAUUGCAUACUGCUACAAUUUUGGCCUUACCUCUAGCAAGUUAAUUUAUGACCUGAUCCGCCUAUUUGUUGACCGACCAAAUGAGUUGACAACGGAGCUGCUAUUAAAGUUAAUCUCGGUAUCUGGUUCAUUGAUUCGCGGCGAUGAUCCCGCAGCACUGAGAGACAUUAUUGCAGUAUUGCUCUCGAACGUCAAAGGGAUAGCCAAUCAACCUCCCCGAAUGAAAUUCCUCUUGGAUACAAUCUUAGACCUGAAAAAUAACAGAUUGAAACCCUCCAUGUUAGCCACAUCUCAUAGUUCGGUGAAAAAGAAGCUCCAGUCCGUAGUUAAAACAAACUCCAGUGCAAACGAUGCCCUAUUAGUAUCUAUAGACGAUAUCAAAAAUGUUGAAACGAAGGGUAAAUGGUGGCUAGUUGGAGCUUCAUGGAAAGGAAAUAUGGCUAACGCUUCCGAAGAACUUCCUGAAGCUAAUAACGGGAGGUCACAAAGCAAAAGUGAAACCAUCCUAUUAGACGAUGAUUUGCUGGAUGAUAUCCCAGAUUGGUCGGAAAUAGCAAGACAACAACGUAUGAAUACUGAUAUACGUCGUGCGAUUUUUAUCAGCAUCAUGUCAGCUCAAGAUUUCAUGGAUGCCUUCACAAAGCUGGAGAAGCUCAAUCUGAAGAAAAAGCAAACAUUGGAAAUAUCUAGGGUCCUGUUGCAUUGCCUGUCACAGGAUGGCGAUAGUAAUGGUUAUAAUCCGUAUUAUGCUCUUUUAGCCAAAAGAUUAUGUGAGAAUCAACAAACACUGGUGAAGUCCUUCGGAUUUUUAUUCUGGGAUAUAAUGAAGAAAUUUGAAGAUGACGGAUUAGAGGGAGAUUUAGAUGAAGAAGAGGAUUUAGAUGAAGAUACAAAACUCAAGCGCCUGGCAAACCAAGGAAAGUUUUUUGGUUUUUUAGUCGCAGAACGGUGUCUCAAACUCGAUAUACUCAAGCAUGUAUCCUUGAUUAGCGGACUCAAUGCAGAUGGAAAUCGAUUCAUGGAGAUGUUUAUAUUUCAGUUGUUGUUGACCAGCGCCAAGAAGUCAGAAAUAAAGUCGAAAGAUUCCCGAGGAAGUAGGACUAUAACAUUUAGACAAGAUUUCCUGUUACAGUUGCUGGACGCUAUCAAGGUUGACAAUAAAGCUCUUAUCAUAAAAGGUCUUAGAUACUUCAUGAAGAAGAGUUUCAAAUAUCUGGACUACAUAGUGGGGUCACCGGGGGAUAAGAGCUAUGAGCGAGAUUUAAGGCGGCUGAAAUGGGCAGUGCCAAGUUUCAGGAAGUUGAUCGAUGAAAAGUUAGAGACUAUCGAUAUUUAG